AUGGCACAUUCUGAAGGAGCUUUCCUUAAUAGGGCACCUUUGUUUGAUGGAAAUGAUUAUGUUUUCUGGAAAGUUAAAAUGGAAGCAUUUAUACAUUCUCUAGAUGUAAGGAUGUGGGAUGUAGUAACAACAAAAUACAAUGUUCCAGCGUCAGUUCCUACUGAUGCAGAUGAGAAACUAAAAUUUGAAUUAGAUAAGAAGGCUAGAUAUGCUCUUCUUUGUGGUCUUGCUAGAGAUGUCUUUGCCAAAGUCAUUUAUUGUAAAUCUGCAAAUGAUAUAUGGGUAAAACUUGAAACUAUCUAUCAAGGAGAUGACAAGGUUAAAGAAUCUAAACUGAUUACUCUUAAAACUCAGUUUGACAAUCUGAAAAUGAGUGAUGAUGAAACCAUUGCUGCAUAUUUUUUAAGAAUUGAGGAAGUUGUGAAUGCCAGGAAGGGUUUAGGUGAAGACAUAGAAGAACAUGAUGUUGUUUCAAAGGUUAUUAGGUCAGUCCUACCUAAAUUUGAAACAAAAAUUUCUACAUUAGAAGAAAAGAAAAGCUUUUCAAAAAUGACCUUACAUCAACUUCAAGGAACUCUAACUGCGUAUGAAAUGAGAAUCAGCAGUCAAGCUAGUUCUUCAUCAAAAGAAUCAGCCUUUAAGGUUGAAAAGAAUGAUGAGAGUGAUUCAGAUCUAACUGAUGCUUUAGAAGCAUUAUUGGUUAAAAGAAUGGCAAAGAAAUAUAAAAGCAAACCUAAAUGCUUCAGUUGUGGUCAAUUAGGACAUUUUGCUGCUAGAUGUCCAAAUCUUGAACUUGAUGAGUGUGAUGAGAAAUCUGAGAAAUUUUCUAGGAAGAAGCCUUGGAAUCAGAAUAAAAGGUUUAAGGAUUUCAAAAAGAAAAGUCUUUUUUCAAAAGAGGAUCCAAAUGAAGAAUCUAGUGAUGCAGAUGAAGAAGGGGAAACAUUAUUUAUGGCGGAAAUAGUUCAUACUCCUAAAUUUGAAUCAAAUGAGCCUGAAUCCUCAUCUGAUUUAGAGAUAGACGUAGAUCUUGAAGAAGAACUUCUAAAAUCCCUGCAAGAAAUUAAAAGGUUAAAAAAAUCAGUUGCAAAUUAUGAGACUGAAAAUCAAAAACUUCAAGAUGAAUUAAUAAAAGCAAAUUCAAUUAUAGAAGGUCAAAAAUUCUCACUUGAAGAAAAGGAUAAAAAACUGAAAAUCUUGCAAUGUUCUUUUGAAGAAUCUACUAAACAGAAAACAAAGUUGUUUUUCAAUGGAUAUUGUUUCAACUGCAAUAUCUUUGGGCACAAAGCAAUCUUUUGUAAAAAUAGCACUGGUUAA